GAUUGCCGACACCCGAGCAAUAACAACCCACGGAAACACCAAACAGCAGCGCAUUUUUGAUGGGCAGCUGUUGGGUGCACAGACCACACGCCCCAUUUAUGUAUGCAUUUUAUUUCUGGUUAAUUGUUUUAUUCUCCUCUCACCACUGUAAUUCAGCAGAUCAUCCCUUAGCGGUCACGACUUCGCUCUCCUACACGGAUUACCUCAUCCUCAAGCGAGAAGGCUACGAAGAAGAGAGCUGAGGAGCCUAGAGAAGUGUAUGUGGGGUGUGUUUCCUUUUUUUUUUUGAAAGAACAUCAAACAGACAACAAAUAGUAAAUAAUAGUAAUCUAUCAAGACAACAAAGAAAAGCCUCGUUCACCAUUUCAGCACACCUCGACACGAAGGCGCCACACAUAGAUUCUCAAAUACAUAUUAUUACUACUACCUUUUUUUUUCCCCAGUCUAUUAUCAAGGUGACGCCAGUGUUGUUUGCCAACGAAGAGGGCGAGGAAUUAAAGACCACAUUUGCCUUCAUCUUCCGACGUAUAUCAACAGAAGCGAAAUCAGCAGGUCCUUGCUUGUAACCGUUGGUGUCCCAAAAGCGGCAGGUCUGUUUGAUCCCACCGCACUGUGGUUGUCAUCGUUAUCCUGGGGCAAGUACGUUUCGCGGCCCGGAAUAGCACCUCACAAGGGGGUUCGUAGUACCGCCUUCACCUUUCGCCGUGUCCCCUACCCCCUUUUCCCGUUGCCUUUUCGUUUCUCCUGUCGUUGAUUGCUUUCUUUCUUUCCCUUCUCCCCUGGGCGCCCUCUACACACCCCGACGACGCGGCUGAGCGCAGCACGAAAAGGCGGUGAAGAGCACAAAAACAGGACUCGCUCCUCCCUUCUCCUCUUAUUAGAAAAGGUCAUUGUUUUCCUGCUCGCUUUUUUUUUCAGGUCGUUUGUCUGUAGUCGCUGGACACCUGGUAAACUCGCUUCGCCUCUCGCCCCACACGUUGCUUCAGACACAGCAGCUCAAGUUCGUAUCUGCAGCAAGAGGGGAGAGAGUGAGAAAAGCGACGAUCAGCAAAGCGCUGCGUUGAGGUGCGCAAUCCCUCUUUCCGGUUGUUUUCGGUUCUUGUCGUUGGCGUUAUAACUGUCGUUUUUUUGGCUUCACGAAGCCGCCUUCUUUGCCUUUGGUGUUUUCGUAAUCUUUUUCUUUCUUUUUCUUUUAGCCGACCAGUUCAGCGUUGCGAAUUUAUUUUCCUCACAAAUCCGCUUCUCCUCUCCUUUGUUUGUUCCUUAACCGCAUGUACUCCUCCUGAUUUUCCUUUUCGUCUGCUUUCACGCUCUAUAGUGACCUCUCUGCCCAUCUAUAUGCUUCGCCGCACUCACCGUUGUGUUGCUCUCUUCUCUACUCGCUUUGCCUGUGUUACUCCGCGCUGCUCCCCCUCCCUCCCUCCCCCGCUCGUCUUCUCUCUCUUGUGGACGAAGAAGUGGGAAUACGCUCUGCAGACUCUUCCUCCUCUUUCUGUUUUCCCGCAGUGGCACUGUGGGAUUUUUUUCUUUUCUUUCUUCGUUCUAUUGUCGCGGGUACGCACACAUCUCAAUCGACGGCGGGGAAUAAUAGAAGAAAACGAAGGAGCUGAAGUACGGUGCGCAGUUAGCUGAAACGCCUUUGUUAUUAGUAGUCUUCCUUCAUCUCUUUCUCGUUUCUAUUUCGGUUGUUGUUGUGCUUCGUUGUCGACGAGCGGUUUCUCGCACGUCCUCUUACUUCGCUUCGGUUCCUCAUUCGCUCUCUUCACUUCACUUUCCCUUUCCUUGGCAAGGUGGCGCAUCUUCUGUGGAUAGAGUAGUACAAGUGUAUAUGUAUCUGCACGCAUCUGUUAACGGUUUUUGGAAAAAAAGACAAAGAGAUCAACUCGUUUCCUAUUUUUGGACGAAAAGGAUUUUUUUUCUCACCUUCUCCGAGAUUACUCCAUCGCGCGCGGUCGCUGCGCUUCUUCUACCUUUCCCUCGCUCUCCUUCAUUUUAUCUUUGCUGCUCCCUUGGUCGCCUUCUCUGAAGAAAAUUAAAAAACCUUUGUCCAGUGUUUGUUGUUGUUGUUGUUGUUGGGUGACGACUGUUGUCUUUGAGCCAACGAAAGCGGUGAAAGAAAAAACCCUGUUGUUGUGUUCUUCACAGGCGUUUAGCUCGCCAUUUUUCCCUUUUUUCUUUUAGUGCUGCCAAAUAGAGCGAACGUCUGGUGUUUCCGCUGUUGUCACUCUCGCGGUCUCGCUCCGGUUGUCGCGUUGUCUGCCUUUUGCGUGUUCGUGUCUCCCCAUUUUCCUCCUCCGUUCCCCGCGUGAGAGGCUCCGUGUAUAUAGUUUAUUUAUCUGCCAUGUUCAGUAGCACCCUUGACCUGCCCGUACCGGUGGUCGUGCGUCCCAUCGCCAUGCUAGGCGGCGGCGCCGUCGGCUCCCGGGACGGUCUCGGCCCCAACAGCAGCCCCAACAGCGGCCACAACAGCGGCCACCAUCUACGCAGCCCCUACCCGCAGCGUACCGCCACCUCCACGAGUAAUGGCGCGGCGGCGACUUCUUCGAACGCCGCCGUCUCGUCCACCGGCAAGAGCAACGGCUCCGCCUCGUCGCCGCCGGCCGCCUCAUCGAAUGGACCGGGCAGCAGCGUCGCGACGAGGGCGACCACGCCGACCACCGCCGCGGAGGAGAGCGCCGCGCAGCUGAGUCGGCCGACGAUCCUCAUCUUCACGGAGUUGGAGGACGAGGAGGACGAAGGCGUUAACGCGGCCCGGCGGUGGAUGCACAACGCACACGACCAGCCGACAACACCGUCGCAAUCAAACCCUUCCACGGUGUAUCGAGACCCGACGAGUGGCGCCACGGGCGAGGUGGUCGAUCUCGGCUCCCGUCCCUCCACCGCCGUCGCGCACACGGAGGAGACUCUCUCCCCGCUGCUCUGCCGCUCCAUUGGCAAACCCGCGAACAGCGAAGACGCGGGCACGUCCGUCUCGUCGUUUGAUCGCACGGCGGCCGGGGCGAGAGGCCACCCAACCCCGGAGCGCACCCCCAAUCGCUCCCCACCGCCGGGCCCCUACGGACACGCUGCCGCGUCGACGUCGUCGAACGGGGUCGCGAGCUCGACGACGUCAAACGCCACCGGACAGCAGCUGGGCACCGCCACGCCGUCCGACCAGGAGGCGCUGCCGUCGCACCCGAUGCGGGUCUCCGCGACGCCGGUCGUGCCCAUCGUCCCGCACGUGGCGGAGCCGUCGUGCCGGCGGCGCGUCGCGGAGGACUUGGAGCGGCUUUACGGGCCGAACAGUCGGCAGCCCGCCUCCACCGACGCGGCAGGCGCACCGUCGCCGUCUGAGCCAGCCAACGGGGCAGUGGGCCGUCUCACCAUAUCCACCACCGUGAUGCCGACCGCACUCAGCGGCGACGUGGCCGCGCUGAGCUACGCCGAGGAUCCCGAGACGAAGACGCCGCUGCUGCCGUCGGGAACGCCAAAGAAGAAGAGGAGCGCGCUGUCCUUUCUCAACACCGCGUCCACGUCGAAGAAGGCGGCGAAGGCGGCCGCGGCGGACUCAAAGAAGAAAGCCACACCGCCAACCGCAGCGGAGCGGCGGCAAGCACGCGAGCAGGUGAUCCGCGUCGGGGUGCAGCGCCUAUUCCAGCGGCUGAACGAGUUGCAUCUCGUCGCCUACCACGUCAAAAACGACGGCAACUGCCAAUUCCGCGCCAUCUCGCAUCAGCUCUUCGGUGACGAGGGCUACCACGACAUUGUUCGAUGCCAGGUCGUCUCAUACAUGCGCGCGGCACGGGUGGAGUGCUUCGACUUCUACUUUGAAUCGCCCGCGCAGGCCGACGCGUACUACGACAACCUGGCCAAGCCGGGCUCGUGGGGGGAUGAGCUGUCCCUGCGCGCGGCGAGCGACUGCCUCUACGUGAACAUCCACGUCCUGUCCUCCGAGGAGCGCAACUGCUACAUCACGUACCGCCCCUCCAUCGACCACGCCGCCUCCGCCCCAUCCUUUCUCAUCGACGUGGCCAAGCUGAGGGAGCGGCGCAAAGCGGUCCGGCAGCUGCUCCGCUCGCACGGCCUGCACAGCGGCGCUUCAUUCGCCGCAUCGAGCUUCGACCCGGCCGGGCAGGGCUUCGGUACCGCGUCGACGAUGCCCGAUACGUACGGCCGCGGCCGCUUCGGUAGCGAGCCCACGCUGACCAACGCCACCGCCGGCGGAGGCGCGUCGUCCUUGACGCCCGGUGGCGGCAGUGGGGCAGCACGGUUCAGCGCGCAACCACCGCCACAGCAGCAGCAGCAGCAGCAGCAAUCGUUGUUUCCGCCGACCUCGCAGCCCAUCAGCCGCGAGUCGAGUGGGCAUCUCAUCGACGACGACGCGGACGCGGACGAGAACGCAGAGAUGGACGCCAACGCCAUUCAGCUCGCCCUGCACAAGAAGCUACAGCAUUCGGAGAUCCGCUGCAGCCUUCCGGCGGGGUCGACGACCACCUCGUGCUCCUUCGGACCGCCUGUGGCCGGUCACGGCGCCGCGCCCGCCUCGAUGCCGCUGCUGCAGCCGCAGCUGCUUAUGCCGGCCAGACCCGCCGCCCCGCCCUCGCUGCUGCAGCCGGUGCGGCCCCCGGUGCCGCUGCCGUGGCUCGUGAGCUGCAACGAGGAUGCCGCCCAGGUCAGCAAGGAGAGUCAAGUGGAGCGCUUCCGUGCGGUGGGGGCCGAGGUGCAGCCCCUCGACGACGCCACGCAGGCCGUCAACAUCUUUACCCAGCGCAUGGAGAAUAUGCCGGUGAGUGCGGGGGAAGGCGCCAACGGCCGCAGUGGCGCGACGGACGAUUACGUGCGGGUGCAGCAGACGCGCAGCGGGGUGAAAACUGCAACAACGACGCCCCCGACGACGCUGCUGCAGCCACAGAUGUCGAGCAGCGCCGGCGUCGCAUCCAAUCGACCGGGGCCGCUGCUGUCGACGGCGUCCUCCGUGCCGUGCAUGUCUCUGCAGCCCACUCCCCCACCACCACCACUCGAGGAGCACGCCGAGAUGCUACUGCUCGCCUCCAAUGUGCACCGCGGCCGCACGAACCAGUCGCUUCAGCAGAGCUUUUCCUCCAUACAGACGGCGAACUCCUUCGGCGGGUACAACGGUGGAGGCGCCAGCACGUGCAUGGAUCCCUUCAACGCGCGUUCAACGCAGGGCAGCUUCACGAACAGCGCCGCGGACAACUCCAGCUACGACGCCAGCGCUGCGCCGGUGAGCAUAUUCAAGUUCGAGCCCCGCACGGAGCCGAUCGAUAUCUUUCUCUCCUACCUCUACCCCGUCCACUACAACUCGUUGAGCGUCUCCCCGCAGCAACAGCAGCAGCCGCGGUCGGCGAUGUCGCCGGAGCCCUUGAGCAGCACCGCCCGGCCGCAUUCAGCGCGCACGGAGGACACCGCCAACCCCAAGCCGAGCCGCGGCGCGUACCCGAAGCUGUUCUCUUCCAGCAUCGGUGGAAGCGCCACCGCAGCCGGAUACCAAGCAUUGUGA